CAGACGUCUACUUUUUGAAGAAACGGUUGGACAGUUUUUAGCUAAUGUUCUGGAGAAUUCCUCUGAAGGAAACUGAUCAACACCUGGAUCUACAAACACACCUGUAGAACCUGAAGAGAACCUGAGACCAGAGAGCGAGAACCUUCACACACCUGAAAGUGAAAGUCUGAGUGUUGUAACAGGAAGGAGCAGCAGGGAAAGAAAAUGGCUUCUAAAUCUUUCUUAGUGGAGGAUCUCACCUGUCCUGUGUGUUUUGAGAUCUUCAGGGUUCCUGUGGUUCUGAACUGUAGCCACAGUGUGUGUAAAGAGUGUCUGCAGAAGUUCUGGGAGUCUAAAGGAUCCAGAGAGUGUCCAGUUUGUAGGAGAAGAUCUUCAGUGGAUAAUCCUCUAGAAAGCCUGGCUCUGAAGAACCUGUGUGAGAACUUCUUACAGGAGAGAAGUGGGAGAACUUCAGCCGGUUCUGAGACACUCUGCAGUCUGCACGGAGAGAACCUCCGGAUCUUCUGUCUGGAUCAUCAGCAGCCCGUGUGCUGGGUGUGUCAAACCUCGAGGAACCACACCGACCACAGAUUCCGCCCCAUUGAUGAAGCUGCAACCGACUGCAAGGAGGAGCUCAGAACUGCUCUGAAUCCCCUAAAGGAGAAACUGGAGAUCUUUAAAAAGUGUAAACUGAACUGGGAUCAGACUGCAGAUCAUAUAAAGACUCAGGCCCGACGCACAGAGAAGCAGAUUAAGGAGGACUUUGAGAAGCUUCACCAGUUUCUACGAGAUGAAGAGGCAGCCCGGAUCACUGCGCUGAGGGAGGAAGAGGAGCAGAAGAGUCAGAUGAUGAAGGAGAAGAUUGAGAAGAUGAGCAGAGAGAUAUCAGCACUAUCAGACACUAUCAGAGGCGUAGAAGAGGAGAUGGGAGCUGAAGACGUUCCAUUCCUACAGAACUAUAAGACCACAGUGGAAAGAGCCCAGUGCACACUGCAGGAUCCAGAGAGCCAAUCAGGAGCUCUGCUCAACGUGGCGAAACAUCUGUCCAACCUGAAGUUCAGCGUCUGGAAGAAGAUGCAGGAGAUCCUUCAGUUUACUCCUGUAACUCUGGAUCUGAACUCUGCUCAUCCUAAUCUCAUCGUAUCUGAAGAUCUGAUCAGUGUGAGAUACAGUGAUGAUAAACUGCAGCUUCCUGAUAAUCCAGAGAGAUUUGAUAAUUGGUUCUGUGUUGUUGGAUCUGAGAGCUUUAACUCAGGAAUUCACUGCUGGGAUGUUGAAGUUGGAGAUGGUGAUCUCUGGUAUGUGGGAGUGAUGUUAGAAUCUGCUGAGAGGAAGGGAGGUAUAUACUCCAGGAGAGGAGUGUGGUACCUGGAGUGUUAUGAUGGUGAUUAUGAAGUCUGUUCUUCACCACAGAAGCCCACUGAUCUCUCAGUAUCAGUGAAAGUGAGGAGGGUGAGAGUUGAGCUGGACUGGAACAGAGGAAAACUCUCAUUCUCUGAUCCUCUCACUAACACACACUUACACACCAUCACACACACUUUCACUGAGAGACUCGUUCCAUUCUUCAAUACCUAUAGCGGCUCUCUAACUAUCAGUCCAGUUCAGAUCAGUGUAUCUGUGAAUCAGUGAAUCAGUUCAGAUCAGUGUAUCUGUGAAUCAGUGAAUCAGUUCAGAUCAGUGUAUCUGUGAAUCAGUGAAUCAGUUCAGAUCAGUGUAUCUGUGAAUCAGUGAAUCAGUUCAGAUCAGUGUAUCUGUGAAUCAGUGAAUCAGUUCAGAUCAGUGUAUCUGUGAAUCAGUGAAUCAGUUCAGAUCAGUGUAUCAGUGAAUCAGUUCAGAUCAGUGUAUCUGUGAAUCAGUGAAUCAGUUCAGAUCAGUGUAUCAGUGAAUCAGUGAAUCAGUUUGGUUUGAGUCUGAGGGCUCUAUCUGAUUAAGGCGUGUUGUGAUGCUCAUCGCUAUCUUACACCCCACCAACAGUCUAUUAUCACUCCUUCCUCCUGCAUAGUUUAAAUGCUUGUGGAGUUUAUAUUAGGAUAAAAUUAAUAAAACAUAAAUUCCUGUGAUAUUGCUAGAAAUUGCACGGAUAUGAUUAACAGAUAGACCUUUAAGAUAAAUUACUUCACAGCGUCAACCAGCAGCUCAGUUUCCUCUGCUGAGAAGAGUUUGUUGGACACGUCCAGGUAGCUGCACCGUUACAAUAGCAAUCCACCAAAGUCAGAGCUCACCUGAUCUACUCUUAAAGAGAAUGAUGAGCAAGAGACACUCUGAUUGGUUUAUUUCACGUUACGCCCAAAAUUAACCACACCCAUGAUUAAUUAAGAGAAUUAGUACAUGACUUUUGCUUUGCGUUUUGAGAUGCACAAGGUGUACUUUUCCCAUCGUUACGAUAGCAAAGACACACUGUCCUAAAUCAAGCUGCAUGAUGCACUGCUCACCUAUAAAUCACUAAAAUAGUGAUCUGAAUGUUGUAAAUUCUUUUUUUCUCCUCAGUUUGAAAGUACAGUUGCUCCACCCCCUCAUUACUCAUCAGUGGUAACGCCCCCAACACUCGUUUAUGAUCUCUGUAAUCAAAUAAAACACAAAGGAAUUAGAAGAAAUUCUACUUUUUAGUUUCUAUUCUCCUCACUUUCAAAAUCUUUUCUGAUUUAGGGGUGUAUUUAGGGGUGUUGCUGGGUUAUAUUGUGUAUAACUAUAACUGUGAAGUCAAACCCAAGUUUUCAAGAAAGAAUAAUUAAAAAGGAAAAUAAUUAUAAUAAUCUAAUUAAUUAAUACAAAGAAAUGAAUAAAUAAAAUGAAAUCAAGAAUUAAAAAGAAGAGGAAAUGCAUUAAAUGUCCAUCAGAAAGAGUAAAGCAUCACUAAAGAAGAAGGAAAAAAAAAACCUCAAAGAAGAUAAACUACUGGAGUUAAUUAAUGAAAAAAAUUCUCAAGAAAACAACCAAGCGGAACUAAUCUGGAAAACCCGAACCGGAACUUCUAGAAGGCGCGCGCGCGGGAGAAGACGACGCGCAGAGCGAGAGAGGAGUAAGAGAGAGAGAGAGAGAGAGAGCUGCUAACUUGAAUCACGAGGAGAAGCUACUGUUUGGAACCCAGCGAAGUUGGUAUUCUCAGAGACUGUGCAGGACUGACAACGUCUACUAGACCCGGAGAGGCAGCCGGUAAGAGUAGCCAGAACAUUAAAAACACCUCGGAAUUGCUACUUGAGUGAAAAUAGUGGCUUCUGCUUAAGCCAUAUGGACUUUGCUAACUCCGUGACAAAGAUGAUAUAGGCUGUUGUGUUUAGCUAAUUGUUUAGCCUGCUAGUUGUUUAUUUAAGCUAGAUAUGUUACUAAAUUCUGCUUAUGUUAGAACUAUUUGUCGAUGUGUUAAUUAUGCUUUUAGUGGUGAAACAUACUAGCUUUUAUUUCUUGAGAUAAUUAAUUUUUCUUUCUUCUGUGUAUUUUCUGUUUUAAAGGUUUUUCACCUUACACCUUAGACCUAUACUCUGCCCAACUAUAUUUGGCUCUGUUCAGCUGUAUU